AUCAGAAUUUGGAUAAUUGUUUUCCAAAUUUUAAGGAUGUCUCGUAAUACUUCUAAAACUCCAUGAAUCCGCCCCUCAUUAUUUUAGCAAUAGAAAGCAUGAUGGAGUAUUCAUAGAGGAUUGUGACUGAGUGAGAGGCAGUUAGAGCCUUGGCGCUCGGUGGUAAAGGAUUCUUACUGUACAUGUGGAUUCUGUUUUUAUCUAGAUCCUCGUCAUCUCGGGAGUGAGUCUCACUAUUGGAACAAAGUUGACCAUGCAAUUUUUCAUGAAAAGCCAGAACUAUAAGGUGAAACUGUCAAGAACAGUUGAUCCCAAUAAUUCGAGUUAUUGGGAGAGGUUCAAUAAUGGAUCUUAUACCACUCACUAACACCUCCUCCUCAAACGAAAGCCAAUCAACUCAUAAGGGCUUUCGUUUGUACAUGUAUUGAAUACGAGAAUACAUGUGCUUCACAAAUGCGGUCACCGAGAUUUGAACACAAGACCUCCCUGCCACAGAAGGCUCUGAUACCAUGUCAAGAACCAAUUGAUCCCAAUAUCUCGAGUUGUUGGGAGAAGUUUAAUGAUUAAUGGAUCUUAUACCACUCACUUAUAGAAACUUCCUUUCUCGUUUUUUAAUUGCUUGCCCAUGUCUGAGCCUCAUUUCAGUAUCAUUUAUGACUACGUUACAUACACUAUGUUUAUUCUGAUGCAAUCACUAUGAGAGCUAGUAAUGUGAACUUUUUGUCUUCCUUGUGGACUAAUGCUUUCUGGUUUGAUGGUCAUACAAGGGACUAUCUCAUUCGGAGACUAAGGUCGUAGAGCAUGAGUAUAAACCAAAGGUGCUAUACCCUUCCUUCCUUCAUUGUGAAAAGCUAGAAGCUCACUUUUUGGGUCAUUUUUGGAUAUUCUGAAACAGGUUCAUAUUAACCUGUCUUUCACGGACGCCAUUAUCCAAUCUAGAUGCCCAAAUAUGAAGAAUUUUAGAAGGAUAUUCUGAGCAACAAGAAGAUGGACUAGUGCUUCACAAUGAAAUGUGCUCUGCCAUCCUACAGAACAAGCUUAAGAGAAGCACAAGGAUCCCGGCAGUUUCAUUGUACCUUGCUCUAUCGGCAAUCACUCUAUUAAGUGUUCUUCGGCUGAUUUAGGUGCUAGUAUAAAUGUCAUGUCAUAUGAUAUCCUCAAGAAAGUAGGAUUUGGUAAGCUGAAUCCCACUUUCAUGAGCAUUCAAUUGGCUGAGAGAUCUAUCGUGCAUUCUAAGGGAAUAAUAGAAGUUGUGAUUGUGAAAUUAGGGAGUUUAGUAUUCCUUGUUGAUUUCUUGAUCUUAUAUAUUGAUUAUGAUGCUGACCUAUCUCUUAUAUUUGGUCGACCUUUCCUUGCUACUGCUAAAGCUUUGGUUGAUGUUAAUGAUGGAAAGUUGAUCUUGAGAGUAGGAGAUGAUCAAAUUAUUUUUAAAAUAUCUGAGAGCAUGAAACAAUCUUCUACACAUGAUGAUCUCUAUACAUGUCUAAUGCAUGUCUUGAACUUUGAUGCUUCUAAUGUUGACAUGGAUGUGUAUGGAGGAGAUCCUUUGAGUGAUUGUCUCAUGUAGGUGACUCUUAUGCACUGUUGCCUCACCAGGUUGAGCAGACCAUGUUUAUUCAAGAACUUGAUACCAAAAUUGAGCUUGAGGGGUGUCCAACCUUUGAACUUCCAAAAUUGGCAAGGGUCAAGUCUUCUUUAGAAGACCCGCCUGAAUUGGGGGUCUGGAACUCAGUUCCACGGCCUUGGAACAUGACCGCGAAAUUCUGUUGCCACGAGUACUAAGCUAAAACUUGGGAUUUUGGCUUGCGAUCCAAUUUUGAAGUUCGAAAACACAGAGAGAGAGAGAGAGAGCCCUAGAGAGAGAAAGUGACGAAGGACAACCUUGGGAGGAUAUUGUAGUUGUCUAAGGCUAUUGGAGCUCUAUCUUUCCCCCGUGGAGUGCCGAUUCAUCAUUUGGAGAAAAAUUCCAUCAUUCAUAUGAUGAUUUCUACAUCCAGCUUGGUUUUUUCCACUUCUCCAUGGAGUAAAGUCUCUUCUCGUCUAGGUACGAAGAACCCUAAUCGUGUAUGUUAGGAGUGAUUUUAUGAACCCAUUUUCAUAGAUGAUUGAUUAUACCAUAUUCAAUUGAGGCAUUAUUUAGAAUUGCAUGCGUCAUGAUCUUGCUUUAACCUGGAAUAAUAGUCUCUGUAUAGGUUAAAAGAGAAACCUGAAUUGAGAGUAGUGAAUUAAUUGCUUUAGUCGAGAAGUCAAUUCACUGCUCUGUAUUGGAAUUGAAAUCCAGUAGGGAAGUUUUGUGUGUCACCCACCGGGUAUUUUAACUGAGAGGGUCUUGAAUUCUUUGUCGAGAUUCCAGUAUAACUAUCAAUUGAACUGAACUUGGGGAAGUACAAGACUUAAUUGCAGACUUAACUUCAGACUAGGGGGAUACACACUUGGGUUUCUUUUCUCAUACUUGAAAACCAGAAAAUUUACUGCUUUCUUGCUGUUUCUACUUGCAAUCAAGUUCACCCGAGUUUCGACUACUAGAUAAUAGAAUUUCACUUAGGACUCGGGUUGAUAUUUAGAACCUUAACCACUAUAAUGCAUUUCUAGAUUACGAUUACACUUGGUCAUAGUUUAGUUGUGUUGGUUUUAGCGAGUCAAGUUUUGGCGCCGUUGCCGGAAACAACUAGGUUAUUAAAGAAACGUAAAAAUCUGUU